UCUCUUGAAUUUUUUCUCACAGGGUUUAGCAAAAUUUCAGAAAAUUGCGUGUCAUUUAUUUCCCCGCCUCCCCUGGUCUAUUAAAUGCUUUUAAUCAGGAAUUGAACUCUUUCGAGGGUUGAUGGUGAGACUUGCCGAAGUCGGAAGGUGCUCCGGGUGCAAGUGCUGGUGGUGGUGGUUGAUGGAGCCAGCAAGAAGGGCGGGCCACGCUGAGACUCUGAGAUACGCGGAGGUGUUGGAGAAGGCAGUCGUGGAGGGAGAAUGUUGCAGGAGUGCGACUUCCUCUCGAUGAGAAGAUCUUGGUUGAGGCUCUCGCGAAAGGAUUUUAUUUCAGUGUUGAUGUAGAGCAGCUGGUGGAUUGCAGCAGAAGCCAUCUUGGUCUUCGGGAAGCGUUUAUGUCCUGGAUCGCCUGCAAUGCCAGGUAGCGGGAGCUCCGCGAAUGGACGACUGGACUGCGUGAAACUAGAUUCAAUUUGUGGUUUUCGCUACAUGCUAGUCUGAUUUUAAAGGAUUCAUAGUUCAGUGUACGUUGCCAUACAUUGGUUGAAAUUCGCGCCGGACGAAGAGAGGCAAAUGAACGGUUGAAGGUUUAGGCACUUGACCUCCGCUUGAGAACUUGACGUAAGGACGAGUGAGGCUUGUGCGAGAUGCUCCAGACCCGAAAAUAAUGCUGGAGCAGGUUAUGUACUUUGAACGUAGCAGUGAGCUAUUGUUAUCUUCGGGAUCAUGCAACAGUUAAGCGGGUGUGUGCUUUUAGAAGCUCAUUCAUAAAGAUUGUGUUCUACAUGCAGGAUGAUGAUUGACAAGUCCGUUUUGUCUUGUUGACUAGCAAUGUGUAGUUAACCGAUCACAACAGAAAUACGUUAAGAUCAGAUUGUAGGUUUUCUCAAGAACAAUGGCCGUCAAAAUGCUGGCUUGCAUGAGUUCGAAAACCUUGGAAGAGGCCGUCGAAGCCGACUAUGAGAAGGACAAGACAUCGUCCAAGCCGGAGACCAAAUCUGACUUGCGAAAAAUGAAGUCAUUUACUUGUCAGACCCUGAUCCAUCCGUCUUGGUCUUUUAAAAGCCAAGGAAAUCAAGGUGUGUCCCCACCUCUAGCAACUCCACCUCAAGCAAGUCGUCAGUCAGAGGGAAAGGAGGAGGUCGCGUCCGGGAAACCUGAUGGAAAAGGUUGGAAAAGUUUCUUUGCAGCGCUGCAAUGCUCGAGGGCACCGCUGCGAUCUUCAGACUUCAAGGGAAUGGCGGCUAAGUUGACAGCAGGAGCUUGUACAACUUCUUGCAAGCCUUGUUCAACUUCUGUUUCAGAGCAAGACGCUGCGCAUGCUGUCCAUCCAGAGGCUUCAUUGGACAAAUACAGUGAGGCUGAUUUUUCGCUACCAGUGGCCAAUUAUCGAAAUCCUAAUGUGUUGACAGAUGAUCAAGGAAAUAACCUCGGAAGUAAUAAUGGAGACGGCUCAGGUUCUCCGCGUUCUGCUCAAGCGGUCUCCCCGGAGCAGAAAAUCAAUAGUAAAACUCCUACCCCAAUUGAAAGCCCAGUUGUUGCGAGCUAUCACAUGAGCAAUGGAACUGCUUUGAAGAUUCCUGAAGAACCUCAAAAUUUGAAUCGUCUUAUGCCGGCUGAACCAGGUGUUCCUGGCACUGAAUGGUUUUCACAAGUAGAGCUUGGAGUAUUCAUAACGUUUGUGACUCUACCUAACGGUUGCAAUGCUCUAAAACGAAUUAGAUUCAGCCGAGACAUUUUCAGCAAAAAAGAAGCUGAAUCGUGGUGGGCGGAGAAUGGAAAUCGUGUCCGUGAAGUCUAUAACGUACCAGCUUUCGAAAGGACAACGACAAAUGGUCACCAGGCUACUUCAAGUUCAGAAGAAGAGCAGGUUUCAGGGGUAUCAGGGUAUGCUACCCCCUCCUAUAGUCCGCAGGGGUCACGAGGAGCUUCAACAAGGGAUUCACCGGCUGGCUACAGUUCUGGGAUAUCGCGUGGAGCAUCUUUGAGGGAUACAUCGAGCAGAGAGGCCUCAAUGAGAGAACCGUCGAUCAGAGAAUCCAUCAGACAGUCGAUGAGGGAUGCGGUCAGCGAACAUUCCGAAUCCGCAACGUGUACUGAGAGAGAGACUGAAACAGAUACAGUUGCUGGAAGCGUGGCAGGUAGCGACAGAACUUAUGACGGCGAAGAAUCCACUUGGGUUGAGGAAGACGUUCCUGGUGUAUAUUUAACAUUGAAGAAUUUGACUGGAGGUGGUAGAGAGUUGAAGCGUGUCAGGUUCAGUCGUGAAAAGUUCACCGAGAAACAGGCCAAAAUAUGGUGGGACGAGAACCGCGGGCGAAUUCACAAACAGUAUCUAUGACUUCAAAUAACUUUACUAUCAGCUGUAGCUGAAAUUCGAUUUUGAUGCCUGGGCAGUUACAUGCCUCCUGGUGGAGUCGGAAUUGUCUUGCUGCGGAAGUCGCACAGGCACUGCAGGUCAAGCAAGGACGUAUUGCUGAAAUUUUAUCCGAUUUUUUCUAAACGAUUUAUUCAUAUUUAUAUUUUCUAGUAUGUAUCGAGCCUUCAUUCCGGGAAUCAAACUGUUUCAGGGGUAGUUGUAGCAAGAACCGCGGUAAUUGAAAGGCAUCCUCUAAGGUUUGAGCUGUAGUGCAGUGAUAUUCGCGUAACAUCAUUGUUUCGUUAAAAGUGUUUAGGAACAUGGUUCAUGCAGUAUAGGUGGUAGUUUGGGUGGUUGUGUUUAAACUAGUGUAUUUUGUAGAUUGUGUCAGUUCGAGAUCCGUCUAGGACAGGUAGAAAGUAGACGAAUUUCGUCCGAGGUGGAAGAACAGGUGUUGUAAGGUGUUCCAUUCAGAACCACGGUGAACCGGUCCUGAAUGAUUGAGCACUUCAAAAUGAUCUAUCAGAGCCGUCUUGUAUUGUUGGAAGAUUCAUAUAAGACUCAUCAGUCGGUGGUUAAGCAA